AUUGUCGGUGAAGUACUUGAGAGAACGGUGAAGGGUCGAAGGGGUGUGAUACGUUGGUACCCACACUACUGCACAUGUAUGUAGGGAUACGUAUAAAAAAUAUAGAUGAGAUAAAUGUUUUACUUCAAAAUAAACACAAGCCACUCACAUUUUCCCGCUUAUAUAUAAGACAACACCACACACUUAGUUGUCUCCUUGUGCGUUCGCCUUUUCUCUUCUCACACUGAGAUUAUAUUAUAACAACACACUUUUUGAAAGAAACAGAAGAUGUGGAAACUAAAGAUUGGUGAAAAAAAUGGAAAGCUUGAAAUUGGUGAUGGAAAUGGUAAUGAAUAUCUCUAUAGCACCAACAAUUUUGUUGGAAGACAAAUAUGGGAGUUCGACCCCGAUGCAGGCACGCAAGAAGAGCAUGACCAUAUCGAAAGGCUUCGAGAGCAGUUCUUGGUUAGUAAGAAGAAGCUCGGUAUCCAUUGUUGCGGUGACUUGCUUAUGCGUAACCAGCUUAUCAAAGAAAGUGGGAUUGAUCUUCUAAGUGAACUUCCGAUGAGACUAGAAGAUGAAGAUGUGAACUACGAAGCAGUGUCCACAGCGGUUAGAAAAGCUGUCCGACUGAACCGGGCAAUUCAAGCUUGGGACGGUCAUUGGCCGGCUGAAAAUUCGGGUCCCCUCUUUUUCACCCCUCCUCUGAUUAUUGCCUUGUACAUCAGUGGUACAUUAGAUACAAUUUUAACAAAAGAACACAAGAAGGAGAUGAUUAGAUACAUGUACAUCCAUCAAAAUGAAGAUGGGGGAUGGGGUUUUUAUAUAUCAGGAAAAAGCACAAUGAUAGGGAGUGCUUUGAACUAUGUGGCUCUAAGACUUCUUGGAGAAGCUUCACCUGAUCAUGUUAACAUGGAUGAAGAUCAACUUGCUCGAGCGCGUAAAUGGAUACUUGAUCAUGGUGGCGCUACAUCCAUCCCUUCUUGGGGCAAAGUUUAUCUAGCGGUACUUGGUGUAUAUGAAUGGGAAGGGUGCAACCCUCUUCCUCCAGAAUUUUGGCUUUUUCCUUCCUUUUUGCCUUACCAUCCAGCAAAAAUGUGGUGUUAUUGCAGAACCACAUACAUGCCAAUGUCACACUUGUAUGGUAAAAGCUACCAUGGCCCUAUUACUGAUCUUGUUUUGUCUUUGAGAAAAGAGAUUCAUACCAUUCCUUACCACCAGAUUGAUUGGAACAAACAACGACAUAACUGUUGCAAGGUGGAUCUAUACUACCCUCACUCUUUCUUACAAGAUCUCUUAUGGGACAGCCUUCAUUAUUUUACUGAACCACUUAUGAAAAGAUGGCCUUUCAAUAGACUCAUAAGACAAAAGGGUCUCAAACGAGUCCUUGACCUAAUGCGUUAUGGAGCCGAGGAAGGGCGUUACAUGGCACAGGGUUGUGUUGACAAGGCUUUGCAAAUCAUGAGUUUUUAUGCUGAGGAUCCAAAUGGGAUAGACUUUAAAAGACACCUUGCUAGAAUCCCUGAUUACUUGUGGGUGGCCGAGGACGGUAUGAAGAUGCAAAGUUUUGGUAGUCAGUUGUGGGAUUGCGCUCUCGUGACUCAAGCGAUUUUGGCAAGUGAUAUGGUUGAGGAGUAUGGAGAUUCGCUCAAGAAAGCUCACUUUUACUUGAAAGAGUCACAGAUCAAAGAGAAUCCCAAAGGGGAUUUCACAAAAAUGUGUCGUCAGUUUACAAAAGGGGCUUGGACUUUCUCUGAUCAAGAUCAUGGAUGGGUAGUAUCGGAUUGCACUGCAGAAGCUUUGAAGUGUUUAUUGGCUUUGUCGCAAAUGCCGCAAGAAAUCGUAGGAGUUAAGGCUGAAGUUGAGCGAUUAUAUGAGGCUGUGAAUGUCCUACUUUACUUACAAAGUCCUGAAAGUGGUGGUUUUGCAAUUUGGGAGCCACCAGUUCCAAAACCAUAUUUACAGAUGUUGAAUCCUUCAGAACUUUUUGCUGACAUUGUGGUUGAGAAAGAACACGUUGAAUGUACGGGCUCCAUAAUUCAAGCUUUGCAAGCGUUUAAAGAUUUGCAUGCUGGGCAUCGUGAGAUAGAAAUAGAAGUUGCUAUCGCGAAAGGCAUACGUUUCUUGGAAAACAAGCAACAAGAUGAUGGCUCGUGGUAUGGCUAUUGGGGUGUUUGUUUUCUCUAUGGCACAUUUUUUGUGCUGCAAGGGUUGGUAUCUUGUGGGAAAACAUAUGAAAAUAAUGAAGCAGUUCGAAAAGGUGUCAAAUUUUUGCUCUCAACACAGAAUUUAGAAGGCGGUUGGGGAGAGAGCUUUGAAUCAUGCCCAAAAGAGAAGUUCAUACCUUUGGAGGGGAACCGAACAAAUUUGGUGCAAACUUCAUGGGCCAUGCUCGGUCUUAUGUUGGGUGGACAGGCCGAAAGGGAUCCAACACCACUACACAAGGCAGCAAAAUUGCUCAUCAAUAGCCAGAUGGAGAAUGGUGAUUUUCCUCAACAGGAAAUAAUGGGAGUGUACAUGAAAAAUUGCAUGCUACAUUAUCCAGAAUACAGGAACACUUUUCCGUUAUGGGCGUUGGGAGAAUACCGUAAGCGUGUUUGGCUGCCAAAACAUAAACCCUAAACACCGUACUAUUGAAUAAAACUAUAUAGUUGGUCUGUUUUCAUGAAAAUUGUUUAUGUUGAAACAAGAGUAUUAAGAAUACAUGUCUUGAUUUAUGUAUUCAAUCUUAUGGAUCAUGGAACAUGUAGUGAUUGUUCUCGAGUAUUAUAUUAGGAUAAUCUCUUGUACUGAUUUUCAUACAGGACAUUCUGAC